AAUAAGGAGCUAUAAAACAAAGAACUUUUUUUGUAAUUUCAGCUCGUUCUUCAGAAAUAAGCCCAUUAACUAAAAAGUAUGCUACUGGUAGUUUCCACUUUUCAUUUAUACCAGUUAACAAAUAUACCAUGAGUCAACAAAUAAAAUAGACUGGAGUCUAAAAUGUGAGUCGGUUGAUCCAGUCAGUCGGCGCCGACACCACAGUGAUCUAGAAUUUAAAAAAGUUGGCCAAAAAUAUAUAUCUUUAUUGUAGUAUAACAACACUAUGUACAUAUAUGUUUUUGAGAUGGCUGUUUACGAUAAGAAAGUUUAUAUACACGGUCCUAAAGAACGUCGAAAAAAGUGGACGCUCAAGCUACGAUGAUGUACACCGUUCGCGAUAAAUCUACCCCCACUACCGAUACAUUCACCCUGUUCUUCUUUACGUAAUGGGCUUCUCUCUCUGGUAUUAUCAAUUAAAAGCUAAAACGGAACAGUCUACAAGUAAUACGUCACGUGACAUUUCUAAAAGAUUGUAAUCGUAAGAAAUAAAUUUCCGAAAACGCCGAAGGUGAGAAAAAUAAUCGUCGAAAAGCGAUCUUGAUCAUCUUCGGAUAAAUUGUUCGUGACGUAACAGCACGGCGCGCUGCGUCAACAUAAAAUUCGCUUUGUUAUUAUUUACGUCAAUUGGAGCAACUCGUCGAGUCGGUUAAAAGGUUAUGUUGCACUGUAAUUUCGCCAAGAUUGCUUUCUCUUAGCGUCAGAACUAUCGGAGUGCUUUUCAUUAAGGCGUUCUCACUUGCUCAUGGGAUUUAUUGACGAUGAAUUGCAAGAAGUAUCUCAGCUCUGUCACAAUGUUGUUGAUGGAAGUCGCCUCGUCUCUUGCGUGCGGAGCAUGGUCCGCGUCGAAAUAACGAAAACAUUGUUCAAGCAACUCGUUGUGUGCAUCCAAUUCCGAGAAGAUUAUCCCGCGUCACCGCUGUUUCUCGAAUUAAAAAGUAAAACUCUAUCUACAAAGCUGCUCAAUGGACUAGCAGAAGUUUGUGAAAAGGAGUGCAAGCGUUUAUUGAACAAAACACAGGUAUUGCCAAUUUUAAAGUUUAUCAGAAAUUUUAUUGAAGAGAAUCCGCUUAUCUGUUGCUACGACGAAAUAUCAACAAUAAAAAAACUUCUGGGGGACAAAGACGAGUUAAAAUUGAAGCAGAAGAAUUCUUAUAUUUGUUUAAAAUUAUACCAAAAUUUAUAUAAUUUUAAGACCAAGCUUGACAUUCCGGAUAAUUAUCCCAUCAAUUGCGUGACGUUUAGUGAUGUUGAUACAAAUUUUCCACCAUUGUUUAAGCGUUAUUUAGUUGGACAAGGAAGAGAAUUAGCAAGACAAUGUAUCGAGUCACCAUUGAAGAAACAAGCCCAACAGAAACCAUUCACUCCAAAACCAUCAUUAAACACAAUUGCUUCCUUCCUCAUAAAAACUGUAAAAGCUUUUCCACAAGAGUCUUGCCAACAUUGCAAAGUAAUAUGCUUGCCAGCAAACCCAGAAGAGGUUGUAACCGACGAAAAUGCGGAUUUCCACGCCGAAAGACUUUACUGUGGUCAUCUCUUCCACUUAAAAUGUCUCGUGACAUACAUGAAGACUCCGCCAUUCCAUGGGGGUAAGAAAUGUCCAAGUUGCAACCAACGUGUGUAUCAUGACAAAUGGGGAUUAAGUGACAAGCUCGCAGAAGCUCGCUGGGCUCAUCAACAGGCACGAGCAAGAGAGUUAGCAGAAGUUGAAGAUUUUUUCAGCUAAAAAAAUCCUGUAUCAACAGACACUUGUGCUGUGAGUUUCAUGAUACUUUACUAAAAACGCGGUAUGGUAAAUGAAACCAUAUAAAACAUGGCAACUGACAUUUUGAGAAAAAAUAAAAUGCUUAAUAAGAAUGAAAGUAUAAAAGAGAAAGAAUUCUGCCACUAAAAAGAAAAAUUAUUGUUAUGAUUUAACGAAAUUGUACUAUUUUAGAAUAUUGUACCACAUUUAUUAAAGCAGAAGGCAAAUAACGUUGAAAAAAAGUUUCUUUUUUUUAAAUAUAUAACGAUACUUACAUCUAUUUCCAAAUAGAAAAAUGUCAGUUACCAAUUUUAUCUUUGCAUCAAGAAAGUAAGAAUGAAAGAAAGUAUCAUUGUGAAUAGCAAAUGGGCAUUAAUCACAGUGGGCUUAAAAUAGUUGAUAAGAAUAUUUUUUACGCGUGCUAAAUGUAUCAGCAUAGCAUUAUUUUUAUAUCUUUAGGUUACUUUAUGUAAAAAUAAUAUUUAUAUACAUACA